CUCCACCAAGAACCCUGAACCCCCCCAGGACCAUAAACGAAUAGCUCAAUCGAAAUGGCCGACGUUUUGCUUGCAUCUCAGACUCGUGAGGAGGGUGGACAGGUUGAGUUGAAGGAGAACGCUACCAUCGUCGUUCUCGGUGCUUCCGGUGAUUUGGCGAAGAAGAAGACUUUUCCUGCUUUGUUCGGUCUCUACCGCAACAACUACCUUCCCAAGAACUCUCACAUCAUCGGAUAUGCCCGUACCAAGAUGGACCAGGAGGAGUUCGAGAAGCGUGUCAAGUCCAACAUCAAGACCCCAACCCCCGACCUUGAGGAGAAGCUUAAGUCCUUCUUGGGCAUGUGCUCAUAUGUAGCCGGUGCUUACGACAAGAAUGAGGGUUUCCAGGAGUUGAACAAGAAGUGCGAGGAGCUCGAGAAGAAGAAUGGAGGAGAGGCGAACCGUAUUUUCUACAUGGCAUUGCCGCCCAACGUCUUCACCCCCGUCGCGCAGGGAUUGAAGAAGAAUGUCUACCCCGAGAAGGGUAUCGCCCGCCUUAUCGUCGAGAAGCCUUUCGGUCACGACCUCGAGUCUUCCCGUGACUUGCAGAAGUCUCUCGCUCCCAUCUGGAAUGAGGACGAGAUCUUCCGUAUCGACCACUACCUCGGUAAGGAGAUGGUCAAGAACCUCCUCAUCCUCCGUUUCGCCAACGCCUUCUUGGGUGCCACAUGGAACCGCCACUACAUCUCUAACGUCCAGAUUACCUUCAAGGAGCCUUUCGGUACUGAGGGCCGUGGUGGAUACUUCGACGAGAUCGGUAUCAUCCGCGAUGUUAUGCAGAACCACUUGUUGCAGGUGUUGACCAUCUUGGCUAUGGAGAGGCCGAUCUCGUUCUCGCCAGAGGACAUCCGUGAUGAGAAGGUUAGGGUUUUGAGGGCUAUUCCCCCGAUCGACCCCAAGGACGUUAUCAUUGGACAGUACACCAAGUCCGCUGAUGGAUCUAAGCCCGGAUACUUGGAAGAUGACACUGUGCCAGAGGGAUCUAAUUGCGCUACCUUCGCCGCUUUGACUAUGUUCAUCAAGAACGAGCGUUGGGACGGCGUGCCUUUCAUCUUGAAGGCCGGAAAGGCUCUUGACCAGGCUAAGGUGGAGAUGCGUGUCCAGUUCAACGAUGUUACCUCUGGUAUGUUCAAGGAGCUCCCCCGUAACGAGCUUGUCAUUCGUAUCCAGCCCGACGAGUCCGUCUACCUCAAGAUGAACUCCAAGCUUCCCGGUCUCUCCAUGCUCGCGGCAACCACCGAGCUCGAUCUCACCUACAAGCGCCGCUUCUCCGACCUCGCCAUCCCCGAGGCCUACGAGGCCCUCCUCCUUGACUGCUUCAAGGGCGACCACUCCAACUUCGUCCGUGACGACGAGCUCGACGCUUCCUGGAAGGUCUUCACCCCGCUGUUGCACUACUUGGAGGAGCACAAGGAGAUCAAGCCCGACCCAUAUGAGUACGGUUCCCGCGGUCCGGCGAACUUGGACGAGUUUGUGGCUAGCUACGGCUACAAGAGGUAUGACAUGGACUACCACUGGCCCCAGACUGAGGCUCAAAAAUCAAACCUCUAAAAAGGACGGACCAAAAGUUUACCUCCUUUCUCAAUGACGACAGGAAGGACUAACUGGAGGGAGUGAUGGGGAAGAUAGAUGGAGUGAGAUGGGUAUGAGUAAGAUCAUCGGUUGAGGUGUUCUUUUGGUUAUUGGGCUGUAUACUAGGCGUCCGAAAAAUAUG